AGUGGAGAAGUAUUUGUUCCCAGCCUUGUGGGAGCCCCUGGGCACUGAUGCCUGGCAGAUGGGGUCUGGUUCUGCUGGACCGUCCUGCGAUGAACAGAUUGCCUCCAUGUUGGAGGCUCCGGACGCUCCUGCCUGAGAUGCUUCAGGCCCGGACAGGUGUUCCUGGAGUCCAUUCCGGGGUGCCAUUCUGGCUAUCAAGUUUACAACGUGACAGGAGGGAGGAGAUCACUUGGGGAUCUUGGGAUGUGCUGGGGUGGCACCUGGGGGAUGCUGACUCAGGGAGGGGCAGGGGCCGCACAGCCCUGGUGUCAGCAGCAGCAGCAGCAGGGAGUGUCCCCUGUGCAGACUGGCCAGGCUGGAGCUGAGCAAGGCCAUGGCUGCUAUAAAAGCCUUGUGAGGGCCAGACUGGACCAAGCACUGCCCUGGCCACCUUCUCCUCCUCAGGAACAAGGAGCUGCCUCGCAUCCCACGCCAAGAUGUCCUGCUACGACCUGUGCCCCCCCAGGACCAGCACAGACCUGUGCCCGCCCAGAACCAGCGUGGCUGUGCCCCAGCCCAUCGCUGAGAGCUGCAACGAGCUGUGCGCCCGCCAGUGCCCCGACUCCUCUGCCUUCAUCCAGCCACCACCCGUGGUGGUCACCUUCCCCGGCCCCAUCCUCAGCUCCUUCCCCCAGCAGGCCGUGGUGGGCUCCUCCGGAGCACCGGCCUUUGGCGGCUCCCUGGGGCUGGGCGGCCUCUACGGCGCCGGCGCCACCCAGGCCUCGGGGGGCCUCUGCACCUUUGGCAGGGCCUACGCUGCUCCCGCCUGGCCCCGCUACAGCAAGAAGCUCUGGAACACCUGCGGGCCCUGCUAGAGCCACCACCAACUGCCCCAAAGCCCCGCUGCCGCCUCAGCCCAGCAUGGAGAAGCUGAGCUCUGCACAAGCUGUCCUGAGCCCGUGACUCCCGGCCUGCCUGGGGCCUGCCCACACGCCCUGAUUCUCUUGCCCUUCUUGGUACAAUAAAGUUUUCCUGCAUCUAA